UUUCAACGCUCGUUGACGGGGAACAAACACAAGGAGAGCCCUUGAGUCGAGGCUCGAUAUGUUGAAAGUCCUUUGGGCAUGUGUACUGUUAUUACUCGGUGCAUAUGGCGCCUGCGCCAGUUCUAUGGACAGUGCACCGGUUAAAGUCUGGUUAAGGUCAUCUUGGGCCGCAUCGGACUUGCUGCUAGAGAUAAUUGAGACUGUUGCCCUCGAAAAUUCUGCUGAUUUCUUCCCCGCUUUCGAUCUUUUGACGUCACCAAAUUCCGGGAUAAUUUCCACGUCGUCUUCCUCUAAGCGUUCGCAGAAGGAGACAUAUGAUUUAGCUAUUGAAGCGUUGCAGGUUAAUGCGUUCUUUGCGGAGCCCAACUCAAAGGCCAGCGUGGAGCUAUCUCUUUCCUUACAUGCAGCUGCCCCUAAGCUAGAGGCAUUUUAUGAAUUCUAUAAAGAGAAGUUUUGUGCUGGAGCCGAUCCUACUCCUCAGGGAAGCUGGGUGGAUUGGCAUGGGGAGCGACUAGGGAAUCUGGAUGCGCUUAAGCAGAGGUUGGAGAGUAAACAUGUUGGCAUUGAGCAACCGAGGCUCCUUCCAUUUGACCACAUCAAUCCACUACCCCUGACAAACACACAUUUGUCCCCUUACACAGCUAUUCUCUAUGUUUCCUUUGAGUCGUUGGACUUUUGGGACUUCCACAAGACCCUUUACACCGCAUCACAACAGGAUUCCAACAUCCAAUAUAUCAUUCGCUACAAGAUGGACUAUCUUGCCGUGGAUGACCGAAAGACUGCGAUAAAAGACAACGAAUGUACAUUUUUUAGGGGAAAGGAGGACGUAAACGAGGUGCCCCCUGAUGAGGAUGACCAGACCUAUUUGCUGGAUGCACUUAGGUCGUUCCCGGAAUUCGCAAAUGCGACGGAGCAAACUAGGCCACUUGACGAGGAUGAACUUGCCAACGUUGGGGUUAAAGCUACCUCCUUGAUAAUUAACUCGACGUCCCCUUUCAUGAUGCUCCGUCAGAUAUCACAAAACUUCCCGAAGUACGCUACAUCUAUUGCGCGCCGUGUUCCUGGGCCUUCAGAUGAUCUACAGUCUGAAAUUAUGACCAAUGGGAUGACAAUCUCGCUUCAUGGAAUAUGGAUUAAUGGGCUCCACAUCCAGGAUACGGACUUGAAUCCUUUCAGUCUGAUUAAAUUCCUCCGUGAGGAACGCCGACGAAUGCUUGCUCUUACCACUCUGGGCUUGUCACCCGCACAAGCUGUAGAAGUGAUCUCCGACCCGGCCAUUGGGCAUGCAUCUCAGCCGUCUCGGGGACUGGGCGAGGGCUAUUUUGAUGCAAGUGACCGCGAGGAAGGGGGCAAUACGAUACUGUGGUGGAACGACAUCGAGAAGGAUUCGAGAUACGCUAGGUGGUCUCCUUCUUUGACUGCGUUAAUGCGUGGGAUGUUCCCUGGCCAAUUCCUUACCAUCAGGAGAAACCUGAAUAACAUCAUUCUUGUUGUCGACAUGUCGAUACCGGCUUCGCUGAACUUCAUUGGUGGGCCCAUAGCGCAAAUAAUCUCUCGAAACUUACCUUUCCGCUUCGGUGUGGUUCCUAUGUUGGAGACCGGAGAUUCGCGGGGGGCUGCACGGCUCAUUUUGUACUCGGUGAAGAAGUUUGGCAGGCCCAAGACGAUGGGAUUUAUCAAUGCUCUUAUGGAUCUACAGCGUGAAACCAUUAAUUUUGCUGUUGCUCGAGCUGCCUACGAUGGUCUGGUGCAGGCAUACACCCCUCUUGAUAACCAAGAUACCGAGCCUCCUUUGCCAUUCGAUGCCGUUGUUGCUGGCGGGGAUUCUACAUCACUCGCCGCUCACCUGGAACGUGCGUCUCAGUACGCUCGUCGUCUAAGCACUACCUCCGCCUCCUACCCCCGGGGGCAUGGAUUUAUCAACGGGAAGCACUAUGAUUUCAAUGAUGAAUUUCUCAGGGCGGUACAAAUGGAAAGCGCGGUGCAGACCGAAGCAUUGCAGGAGGCAAUGUACAUGGGUGAAUUAGAGGAUGACGACAAUAGGGAUAUGUCUGUCUAUUUCUACGAUUUGCCCACGACGUCUAAACGUAGAAAUAUGCAUGUCUAUCCCUCGACCAAGACCGGCAGUCUUAAAGUCUUUUCAAUGCCGGAGUUGUUCGACCAGGUUGGCAUUGAUCGCACGACGCUCGAUUACAUUUAUCCCAAAACUGAAAGUCCUGUUUCUACCACCGUGUGGGUGGUUGGAAACCUAAACGAGCGGUCCCAUCUCGGCCUUCUUCGGGAGGCAAUCCUUGCUCAGAAUAAUUCGGCCUCUUUUCGUCUUUCAUACCUUCAUAUUCCAGAAGAUCUCACGACAUCUAAUGCCUUGUCCCCGUCGUCCAUACUGCAACGUCUUCAGCGGAGCCAUAGGCUCUCCGCAUCUCCUACAUCCGCGGACGAUAUUCUAGACCUCUUGAAUGCGAUCGCCCCAGCGGAAGUCUAUGUUGCAUCUCCAGAAGAGCAAGCUGUUAUCGCCGAGAAUUCUAAGCUACAUCGGAUGCUAUCGGAUGCGGGCGAUGCGGGCGAUAGCGCCUCCGUUCGGAAGUAUACCGAGUCAACGCUGCCCCUGAGAAGAGUGCUGGGUUUGGAGAAAAACGAUGUGGUUCUCAUUGUGAAUGGGAGGGUAAGCGAUACCUCCGCUGAACUGGUGACAAUGGCCUCAAGUAUUAUUUCAGCCGCCAAUGUCCCCGAUGCAAGCGCGCAGGGCCUCUUUCGUUCUCCACCUCUCAGCCGCAAUCGGGUUUACAGGACUGUUGAAGCUGAAUUUAGCUCAUUCCAGGCUGGCGACAUUCAAAGCGCCAUGCUCCAAAUUGGUGCCAUCCUCGAUCCCCUUACUGAGUCAGCUCAGAAAUUGGCCCUACUUCUGGAUUGGCUCUCUCAGUUAGAUUUCAGUCACACUCAGGUUGUCUUGCUCCCAAUGCCACAUACUCAGCUGCCGCUAAAAAGGUUUUAUCGCUAUCACCUGCCUUAUUCUCUCUCCUUUGAUCACCUUGGCCGUUUAUCGCAAUCAUCCCUGGCUUUCCGGGGUCUUCCUCCAGAUCCUAUAUAUACUCUUGCCAUGGACGUUCCCCAAUCGUGGCUUGUCCGCCCAAGGGAGUCGCCGCAUGACCUUGAUAACAUCCAUCUUGCCUCCUUGGCACGUCAGGAGAUAUCUCACGGAGUUGAAGCAGUAUUCGACCUAGACUUCCUCGUAAUCGAGGGACAUGCUCGCGAACCUUCAAAUGCUCCCCCGCGGGGGGUUCAGCUCCAAUUGACGGACGCGUCUGGCUCGCCGAUUGCUGAUACGUUGGUUAUGGCCAACCUCGGAUAUCUGCAAUUUAGAGCAAAACCAGGAGUGUUCAAGCUUGGGAUUCGUCCGGGUAGAGGCCAAGAGGUGUAUGAAAUGGAGAGCGUCGGAAACGAGGGAUGGGAGAGUCUGGACGUACGGACUGCUGGUGAUGAAGUUACCCUAAUAAGUUUUGAAGGGUUAACUCUUUUCCCAAGGCUCAAACGCAGGACAGGGAUGGAGGUAGCAGAGGUCCUGGCUCCGGCUGAGCUUCAACCGCAAAGUGUACUCACUCCAGUAUUUUCGUGGCUUAAGUCCCGAUUCGGUGCAUCUGAAUCGCAGGACGUCAUCACCAUAGCCCAACAGGCCGAUAUAAACAUUUUCACUGUAGCUUCCGGACUGUUGUAUGAGCGCUUCGUUGGCAUCAUGAUUCUGAGUGUGUUAAAAAAUACGAACAGCACAGUGAAAUUUUGGUUCAUUGAAAAUUUCUUAUCCCCAUCCUUCCUGGAAUUCAUUCCUCACUUGGCCUCAGCUUACAAUUUCCAAUUUGAACUUGUGACGUACAAGUGGCCGUCCUGGCUUCGUGCUCAGACAGAAAAGCAACGAGUGAUUUGGGCAUACAAGAUUCUUUUCCUGGACGUUUUGUUCCCUAUGGAUUUGAAAAAGGUCAUCUUCGUUGAUGCGGACCAAAUCGUCAGAGCAGAUCUCAAAGAAUUGAUUGAUCUGGAUUUGGAAGGGGCGCCAUAUGGUUACACGCCCAUGGGCGAUGAUAAUGAGGCUAUGGAGGGCUUCCGAUUUUGGAAGACCGGUUACUGGAAAGAUUUUUUGAAAGGCAGGCCCUACCACAUAAGCGCUCUUUACGUGAUAGACCUUGUACGAUUCCGCCAACUAGCGGCAGGGGAUCGUUUGCGGGGACAAUAUCAUGGGCUGUCGGCUGAUCCUAACUCGCUGGCAAAUUUAGAUCAAGAUUUGCCAAAUAAUAUGCAGCAUGAAAUUCCCAUCCUUACUCACAUGCAUACUUCCAUUUCAGGCGGCAAGGAUAGGUUUGACCAAGCAAAGACGAUUGAUCUGUGCCAGAAUCCCUUGACAAAGGAGCCAAAACUCUCUCGAGCGCGCAAGAUUCCUGAAUGGGAAGCCUACGAUGCUGAGGUUGCCAGCUUCGCCCGGAAGCUGGUCGGUGAAGGGAAAAUACAUGGUGGCGCCAUCGCCGCGAGCUCGAACGAUCUUGCUGGCAUUGGCGCACAAACACCAAAGUCUCUGUCCGAAAGCGAGCCGGAGACACGGGAGCAGGUCACUGGUCGUAAUGGGGGUCACCCGCGGGAUGAAUUCUAGCCUCGUGUUUGAAUGUGUCCGAUACAAUUAGAGGUGCAUAAAUUAUCACCCAAAAUACAUAGUGACAUGAGGGCCAAUAAUGGUGGAAAUGUGACUAUGUAGUUCUGACACCAAUUGUUCCCUUCCCCACUCAUCGAUAAACUCAGUCAUUCCCUUCGUCCGCAACUUCUGCAAUUCUUGACCGUGUACUGGAAACAGGGAUGGCGGUCGAGAUACCAGCUGCCAAUGC